GUCGAGCCAGGAGGCUUAGACAAUGUAGUAUCGCUUCUUAACGAAACGAUGUCGAAGUUCUUUUUCGUCUUAGAGAUAACGAUAAACAUUUCCUAGCCAAUGUAACGCAAUUGUCGCGAUCGUUGUGUCGAACGGAUCGUUCGAUAAACAAACGAAUAUUGGCUAUGGUAACGAAAAUUUAGCUGUCAGUUUCAAAUUGGAACAAACAAAGCGGGAUUAUUCUAAAGUUUAAGUGAGUGUUUACUGUGAGUGUGUGUUAAAGAAUGGAUUCUAGGGUAAGGGCAAGUCCCGAAUAACUCUCAACUCUACUGGAGUAUAUGGAAAGUCAUGGGGACCUGGCUAGGCCUGUUGCAGGGGCACAAGGUCGAGUACGGUCAGACCAAUUAUGGUCUGAUCUUACUAAUAUAUUAAAUUCCGUUGGUGGUGGUGUCAACAAAACAACAGACAAGUGGAAAAAAGUAUGGGCCGAUUUAAAAUCCAAGACUAAGAAAAAAGGUCUGACCUUGCGGCAACAUGCCAGAGGGACUGGAGGUGGACCGGCUAGCCAGAAAUCCUUGUCGCAUUUGGAGGAAAGGGUUCUGGCUAUUAUCGGCCCAACAGCAGUGGAAGGACAAGACUCUAUACAAGAGCUUGGAUUUAGUAGACCUCAAUCUUCUGCACCUGCACCCUCUCAAUCAUCUGCAGUUGUUGCCCAAGAAGAUGAUCCAGUAUAUGUGGACUAUGGUGGUGGUGUGGUUAAAUAUUAAAAUAAGUAGAUAAGUAUAUUGAUAAGUUAAAAGACUGGAUACUUAUUAAAAUUGUUAUAUUAUUAUUAUUA